AUGGCUUCCAAGAGCAUGAAAUUAUUGGUCUAUUUUCUUCUCCUCAAUGUCAUCUUUUUCACCUUAGUGAGUGCAUGCGACGAUGAUAAAUGCAAAAAGCAUAAGGGAAAACACGGGAAAAAGCAUAAGAAGCCGGAAUGUCCGGAACCACCACCAUCACCACCACAACCUCAAAGCCCUCCGACAUCUAAACCACCACCACCUCAACCUCAAAGUCCACCGCCGACGCCCCCUUCACCUCUUUCUCCACCACCACAACCUCAAAGUCCUCCGCCAUCUACACCACCACCGUCACCACCUAUUCAGCCUUCGAGUCCACCCCCAACUCCCCCAUCCCCUCUCUCGCCGCCACCUAAACCUCAAAGUCCCCCGCCGUCUACUCCACCACCAACUCCUCUUUCGCCGCCACCUAAACCUCAAACACCCCCUCCGACUACCCAACCGCCAACUCCCCCGACUCCUCUCUCACCACCACCGUCUACCCCACCGCCAACUCCCGUUCUCUCGCCACCACCUAAACCUCAAACACCCCCUCCAUCUACUCCACCACCAGUUCAACCAUCAAGCCCACCUCCAACUCCCAUUCUCUCGCCACCACCUAAACCUCAAAGUCCCCCGCCGUCUACUCCACCGCCAUCUCCUCCAUCUCCUCUCUUGCCACCUCCUACACCUAAAACACCCCCUCCGUCCACCCCGCCACCCGUUCAACCGUUAAGCCCACCGCCAACUCCCGUUUUGUCGCCACCACCUAAACCUCCAACUACCCCACCACCAGUUCAGCCGUCAAGCCCACCGCCAACUCCCAUUUUCUCUCCACCACCUAAACCUCCAACUACUCCACCACCUGUUCAGCCGUCAAGCCCACCGCCAACUCCCGUUUUCUCGCCACCACCUAAGCCCCCAACGCCGCCUCCGUCUACGCCACCACCUGUUCAGCCGUCAAGCCCACCGCCAACUCCCGUUCUCUCGCCGCCACCUCAACCUCUAACUCCCCCCCCGUCUACCCCACCACCAGUUCAACCUUCAAGUCCACCACCAACUCCGCCUUCUCCCCUCACUCCUCCGCCGCCUUCCCCUUCAAGCCCACCACCACCACCGGAGAAACCACAUAAAAAGCAUAAACCUAAGGGAACUUGUCCAAAGGGUAUUGAAACCAAACAAUUUCGCAAAUGUCGUGGUUACACAAAGGGCGACGUCAUCAACAAGGACGAUGCUAAAAAAUGUUGCAACUACGUUGACCUAGUGGAUGACGACGCUGACGUUGCCGCUUGCCUUUGCAAAGGUGCCUCCUCAAAGACUUCCGACGUUUCAAAGAUCCUUAAAAAGUGUAAAAAGAAGCUUCCAGAUGAUUUCGAAUGCCCCAACUAA